UCUCCGAGCACCAGCGUUCCUCCCCAGUGUCCGGGAAACCAGGUGAAGCUGGAGAACGCCUGCAACUGUCCAUCUGGCAUGGUGAAGGACGGAGACAACUGUAGCUGCCCGGUGGGCUUCACUCCGGAGGGGAUCGCAGGGUGUAAAGAUGUUGACGAGUGUGAAGCUGACGGGCCAGGACCAUGUGGUCUCAACGCCGGCUGCACUAACACACCCGGCUCCUACUCCUGUAGCUGUCUCCGUGGUUACCUCAUGGGUGCUGGAGGGUGCCAGGAUAUAGACGAGUGUGCUCUGGCUGCAGUGACGGGCCUGCAGGCGUGUCAGAGCAAUGCUGAAUGCCGAAACACACCCGGCUCCUUCACCUGCUCGUGUCCUGCAGGAUAUGUAAUGGCUCUAAAUGGACGAAGCUGUGUAGAUGUGGAUGAGUGCAGCUUCGAGGAGCAGUGUCGCCGUGAGCUGGGUAACGUGUGUGUGAACACUCCCGGCAGCUUUAUGUGCCGGUGCCGGUCGGGAUUCAGAGCCGAGGCCCCCGCCUGCGUUGAUGUGGACGAAUGCACGGAGACUCCUGCGGUGUGUGAUGGUCAGGGUGUGUGUGAGAACACGCUUGGGAGCUACAAGUGUGUUUGUCGACCGGGUUACCGGGGAAACGGCACACACUGCGAAGAUAAGAAUGAGUGUGCAUUAGGUGAUCACGGGUGUGACAUCAACGCGCGCUGUGGCAACAUCAUCGGCUCUUAUUUCUGCCAGUGCUACCAGGGCUUCAACGGAGAUGGCCACUCUUGUUUCGACAUUGAUGAGUGUGCUCUGAACAACGGCCACUGCCAACACAACUGCUCCAAUCAACCGGGAGAUUUCAGCUGCCAGUGUGCCUCAGGCUACCAGCUGCAGCAGGAUGGACUCACCUGCACAGAUGUGGAUGAGUGUUUGGCAGUGAACGGGACCUGUGAUCACAUUUGCAUGAACACUCAGGGAUCUUUCCAGUGCUCCUGCAGGCCCGGAUACCAGCUGCACAUCGACAACCACACCUGCGUGGACAUAGAUGAAUGUAAGCUCCAGAGUGGAGGCUGCUCUCACACCUGCUCCAACUCUGUAGGAGGACACAUCUGCCACUGCCCUGCUCCCCUGCUGCUGCACAGCGACGACCACACCUGCAUCAAUGUUACGUCAUGCAAGCUGAGAAACGGUGGCUGUGAUCACAUAUGUGGCGUGAGAGCUGAGGGUCAGGUGCGGUGCAGCUGCAGAGCCGGCUGGAAGCUGGGCGACGACCAGAGGAGCUGUGUGGAUGUGAACGAGUGCGGGGACUUCACAAACGGAGGCUGUGAGCAGCUCUGUGUGAACCAUCCUGGUGCGUUUUACUGCAGCUGCAGAGAGGGCUACAAGGUGCAAACAGACGAGCUUACCAAGUGCCAGCCUGUGUGUAACCCUCAGUGUCAGAACUCUGGAGUGUGUGUGGCUCCAAACAGCUGCGACUGUCCCCCAGGCUACCCUGGACUGGGCUGCUCAGCCAUGUGCUCCCCACCCUGUGCCCAUGGAGGAACCUGUAUGCGCUGGAACAAAUGUCUGUGUCCUCCUGGCUGGACGGGAGCAGGCUGUCACACAGCGGUGUGUGAGCUGCCCUGUGCUAAUGGAGGUCGCUGUGUGGGGCCUGAAACCUGCCAGUGUCCCUCUGACUACACUGGCCCCCAGUGCCUCCUGCCCCUGUGCAGUCCGGCCUGCAGAAAUGGAGGAAGAUGUGUGGAUGUCAACAAGUGCACGUGUGUUGGCGGAUGGCAAGGAGCUCGCUGCCAAAUAGAGCCUGUUCAUUGUCACAAACCAUGCAAAAACCGUGGAGUGUGUGUCGGCCUCAACAGGUGCCGCUGCCUCGAAGGAUAUACUGGAGUUCACUGUGAAACGGCGCUGACGAUCCCCUGUGUGCCACCCUGCCGACACGGGGCCACAUGCAGUCCUCACAACACCUGCACCUGUCCAGAGGGAACUGCAGGUCUGCGCUGCGAGAAGCUGACGUGCCCUGUGGUCACCACGGUGGUCAGUAUGACUCGAGCCGUAAGAAAGGCGUUCAGGGAGAGUUACGUGGACCGCUGUGGACCCCUGGGGGUUCAGCUUUGCACUAAAUACAGGAUGAACCAGGCUCGUGUGUACGUGCAGGCCUACAGGGUGGGCUACAAAACACAGUGUCCAGCGAGGAAGGGCUGAUGAGCCAAGUUGUAUAAGCAGACAACAUUUUGGGUAACAAACAAAAACAGAAAUGGGUGAGAGGGUGUUGUGACUUCUCUGAAUUUAUUUAAUCUGUAUGUUCACCACUAUAUUUAAUAUGUUUUACAAUUCAUGAAAAAAUAUGUAUAAGUUUAUACAAUGUGCAAUGGAUUCAUUAUUUGUGUGUGGCAGCUGAAAGUAAUAAACCUUCCUACAAAACGGUGUCAAUAUUCAUAACACUUUUUACAGUCGGAUUGUCAAUCAUUGUCAAAUAAUAAUAAGGACUGUCCGUGUGAUACUGUAAUCAAAUCAGGAAUAUUUCCAAUAAACUGAAACAAACAUCCAUUUUCUGAGUAGAAUAGCUAAAUACUCACUACAUACGUUCUUUAUCUACUUCUGUUGAUUAUUUACGGCUCGAACGGACGUAACAGAACUGCAGUGUGGCUGAUUUUUUUAUUCUUAUCACUGUGUUGUCCUGAUAUCUGCCCUCUUACCUAGCUCCCAGUUUAGUGUUCUUGUUUAGCCUGCAUUGCAUUUAUUCAAAACUUGUGUAAAAGGCCUCCACAUUGUAUACAGAUGUUACGAUAAAACAUCACAAAAUGUCUUAAAGAUGUACCAGGUUAUAAAAAGUCAGAAUAUUACGUCAUAUUAUAUAUAUUUUUGCGUGCCUCUGUGAAACCCCAAGGGGAAACAAGGCACAAUUAACAAUAAAGACAUGCAGACCCACAACAAUACUUAAUUCCUUUCCUCGUACAAAAAUAAAGACCUUGAUUUAAAAAUAUAACAUAAGAAAUUGAAGAGUUUCUAAGGAUCACCAGAGACCCUGACUCCCUGAUUAUACUGUAAGCCAACACUUCCC